AUGCAGAACCUGCCCGAGCUCGGACACCUCCACCAAGCCAUUGAGAGCCUACGUGCGGAAACCAAAACAGCCAACGAGAACACCACCCGCGAAACGAGAACCAUCAGGAUCGCGGUGCAGCAGGACAUGGUCGAACUCGAGGAGAACACCAAUGCCACGCGCGCGGCCAACGCGGCCGCCAAGGAGGCUCAGAAAGCCAGCGAGCUGGCGGUCAAGGUCGUAAAGGAUAUGAAAGCACUGGAGCCGAUGAAUCAGGGGAACACCGCGCAGUCAUCCCGACUCACGGAGCUCCUGCCGGCUUUCGGCCUUCGCAGAGCUGGCCCAUGCCAUUUUCUCCUCGCCCAUUACCAACAGUGCACUUUCGUCUCGGCGCCGGAUGAAUUUCACCCCUACACCAACAUCCACAAUGAUAUCGUCGCCUUCUUGCGCAUUUCCGCGCGACAACAAUCGACCACGCUGCCUUUUGCCUUCGUCCGCGAAUCUAUUUCUCGCCUAGAAACGAAAACCGACCGUCUCGAAGAGAAGACCAACCGCCUUGAAGCUGAGAUGCGCCAGUUGCACGCCUACACUCGAAAUAAUGCUUUAAAGAAUCCCACUUUGCCUAUCCGGCCCGUCGUCGUGUACAACCCUGAGCAGGGCAUUAUCGAACCAAAACUCACCCACUUCCCUCGAAACGCGAACGAAUUUUACUCUCUGAGAGACCCGCCACCGGAUCGUCACCGCUCCAUGUUGGCCUACCUCGCCGUCUUCUACGACGUUCAGUUGAGGACUACCGACGACUCAGAGGGGGAAAGCAGCGAAGACGAAGUUCUCCUGGACCGGCCCGAUCUAAUAGUGGAGAAGCUGGAAGGCAUACUCGGAUUGAACGAGGACAAGUUCAUCAAGUUCAGACAGAGAGCCCGGGAAAUAGGAGCACGACCACCAUCCAAACCUAUCAAACGUUCUCAGGUUGUGUUACCUGCUACGUAUUUUCCGCCGGAUCCCCGCCGACCGAGGCUGGAUUUGCGUUCAGGAGGUGCAAGAGCUGAGCAGCAAGCGAAUCGCGACGCUGACAGUGCAUCAUCUGAGGGUCUGACAAAUGCUCGGAUCGGUUGGGGAAGCCGAUCGACUCCUUCAUCGCAACGACUUCGAAUUUUGUAUUCUCCUGAAGAACUUGCUCACACAGCCCGACCACGCAAGCGGAGCCCAAAGCCAUCGAAAGACGAGCGAUCGAGAUCAAUCUCUGACAUGUCAGAGUCCGAACCAACAGAUAGCAGUAGCCAGACCAGAGCAUUUACAAAUCCACGCUCACAAUAA